CUCGCGCACGCGCGCACGGAGGGGGCGACGGCCGCGGUGACGCUGCUGCGGCGGGCGGGCGGCGGCGCGUGAGGCGCGCGAUUCCCCGUGUCUUGGGAGCAGUGUCCCGGCCCCCGCCGCUCCCGCUGCCGCCAUGUCGGGCCGGUCGGUCCGGGCCGAGACCCGCAGUCGGGCCAAGGACGACAUCAAGAAGGUGAUGGCGGCCAUCGAGAAAGUGCGGAAAUGGGAGAAAAAGUGGGUGACCGUGGGUGACACGUCCCUUAGGAUAUUUAAAUGGGUUCCUGUGACAGACAGCAAGGAGGUGGUCUUGCAUUCCUGGAAACUUCUGGAAUUUCUUCCCUGUCUUUGCUCUCCCAGGACUUCUAAAGAAAAGUCAAAAUCGAACAGUUCAGCAGCCCGGGAACCUAAUGGCUUUCCCUCUGAUGCCUCAGCCAAUUCCUCUCUUCUUCUUGAAUUCCAGGAUGAAAACAGCAACCAGAGUUCGGUGUCCGAUGUCUAUCAACUCAAGGUGGAUAGCAGCACCAACUCGAGCCCCAGCCCCCAGCAGAGUGAGUCCCUGAGCCCAGCACACACGUCUGACUUCCGCACAGACGACUCCCAGCCCCCGACGCUGGGCCAGGAGAUCCUCGAGGAGCCCUCCCUGCCUGCCUCAGAAGUCGCUGAUGAACCUCCCACCCUCACGAAGGAAGAACCAGUUCCACUAGAAACACAGGUUGCCGAGGAAGAGGAAGACUCCGGUGCCCCGCCCCUGAAACGCUUCUGCGGGGACCAGCCCGCAGCGCCGCAGACAGCAUCAGAAAGCUAGCACCGUCCUGGCGCGCUCCGCCUCCUGGCCCCCUGCCUCUAUUUAUUGCGUUCUGGUUCUGGCCGUGCUUUGUUGCUGGGGUAAGGGCAAGCACUGGGGUCCAGAGCCUGCACAUAGGAGCCUUCUGGGCUGGAAGGUGGGACUUGGGGUCGUGGCAUCAUCUUCCCGUCCCUGGCACCUGUGUCCGCUUGCUCCUGAGAAGAGGAGCACUCCUGUCUUUUUUGCACCCCAAGGAGGCUGGAGCGGCAGCCAUCCCGAGGUCCAUCUGUCACCUCCAGGUAGCAAGCAGUCUCUGCUCCAGGACCUCUGGACUGAGCUGCUGGCGCCUCUACAGGAGGAAAGAGAUGUGGAAGGCGCCCUCUAGAGAAGAGAGUGCCUAGGUUACUUGAACUUGAAUGGAGACUGUACUUUCAUGAACCUUCCUAUUCUGCUAGGGGCCUGUAAGCUGCCUUGGGAGAAGGCCUGGUAGAGACUUUGGAGGGAAGGGAAGGGCUCUACACGAGGGCGGGAAAGUCUGUAUAGGUUUCCUGCUGUCCUGGCGCUUCUGCCCAUUCCUGAGUUGUCCUGCCUCUCGUGGGCUCUCCGACUGCGGACGGUCCUUUGUGCCCUGCUGUGACCAUCCUCUUCGCCCAACACACACCGAGCUUUCCCCGGUUCUCACCUGUACAUUGCAUUCCAGCAUCCCCUGCUCCUCUGCGGUCCCCUGCCUCCUGCCACAGACUCUGCCCCAGUGAGGAUUUGAGGUUCUGACAACAGUACCCACCCCCCCCCAGUACUCCGUCAGCUCAGACUUUCUAGAAAGUUCCCUCUUCUUUGAAAUUUGCAUGUUUAAUUGAACUUUGUGAUUUUAUUUUUUGUUCAAAAAAGUUUAAGAAAAUGGAAAUGGGCAACAGUGAGUGAAGACAUAUUUUAGCACUGAAUAGAAUAUUUUUAAAAUUAAACUAUUUGAAAUAUG